GGCGGUCGCGGCCCCGGGUCCCGCAGCCGGGCUCCCGCCUCACAUGGGGCCCCCGCGCCGGCCGCAGCGGCGGGGCGGACCCGCGCCGGGGUGCUGAGGGGCCGCGGGUGGGCGAUGCGGCCAUGAAAGCCCGCGCCGCCCGCGGGCCCUGCAGGCGCCGCCGCUCAGGAUCCACCCAGAGUAGAGAAGACAGCAAAUUACCUAAGAUGUGAGAAGCCCUCCCGUAGUGAAAUAAAAUCUUGUUUUCAAAAUGGACCGAAGUAAGCGGAAUUCAAUAGCAGGAUUUCCACCACGCCUGGAGCGCACUGAAGACUUUGAUGGUGGCACUGGAGAAGGGACUGCAUCCCAGCUAGGAAGAGUUUGUACCUCUUCAUACAGAGCCCUGAUAAGUGCCUUUUCCAGACUUACUCGUCUUGAUGACUUCACAUGUGAGAAAAUUGGCUCUGGUUUCUUCUCUGAGGUGUUCAAGGUAAGGCACAGAACUUCAGACCAGGUAAUGGCUUUGAAGAUGAACACACUGAACAGCAACAGAGCAAACAUGCUGAAAGAGGUUCAACUUAUGAAUAGACUCUCACAUCCGAACAUCUUAAGGUUUAUGGGUGUCUGUGUGCAUAAAGGACAGCUGCACGCUCUUACUGAGUACAUCAAUUGUGGUAACCUGGAACAGCUACUAGAUGGCAACCAGCAUCUGCCCUGGACAGUGAGGGUGAAACUGGCGUAUGACAUUGCUAUGGGAAUCAGUUAUCUUCACUAUAAAGGCAUUUUCCACCGUGACCUUACAUCCAAGAACUGCUUAAUAAAACAUGAUGAGAAUGGAUACUCAGCAAUAGUUGGAGACUUUGGUUUAGCAGAGAAAAUUCCUGAUCACAGUGAGAAGUUACCAGUUGUGGGUUCACCCUUUUGGAUGGCACCAGAGGUUCUCAGAGAUGAGCCCUACAAUGAAAAGGCAGAUGUGUUCUCCUAUGGCAUAAUUCUGUGUGAGAUUAUAGCAAGAAUACAGGCAGACCCAGACUAUCUCCCUCGCACAGAGAAUUUUGGAUUAGAUUAUGAUUCCUUCCAGCACAUGGUGGGAGACUGUCCUCCUGACUUCCUCCAGCUGGCCUUCAACUGCUGUAACAUGGAUCCCAAGUUGCGUCCUUCAUUUGCUGAUAUUGUCAAAACACUGGAGGAAAUGUUAAACCGCCUGAGAAAUGAGGACUCAGAGAGAGAUAGAAAGUUCCUGAACCUUGACAACAGUGAAAGAAAACCAAAAGGAUCAAUUGACAAAGGACCAGGGGUAAAACGUUUGAGUUCCUUGGAUGAUAAGAUCCCACCCAAGUCACCCCGUCCACGUCGGAAUAUCUGGUUGUCACGCAGCCAGUCGGAUAUAUUUGCCCGCAAACCUUCCAGGAAGAUAAACGUGCAGGACCCCUACUACACACCAAGCAAAGGGUUAGGCCGGAAAGUUAAUCCCUUCAGUGCCCGGGAGGACCUCAAGGGGGGAAAGAUCAAAUUCUUCGACAUGCCAAGCAAGUCUGUGAUUUCCCUGGUGUUUGACUUGCAUUCUCCAGAUGCAGGUGGAGGCCUAAAAGCCAGCCAGUCCCAGAUCCGGCAGGCAUAUAGCACAGACUGGCAAGAACUUUCCCUUCUUCCUGGAAGGAGAUGCAGAUCACUUCCACUCUCUCCUGAAUUACCACACAAGGAAUAUGGCCUGUUUGGGGGACUGUCUUCAACUGUUGGCAGGUGUGACCCAGCCCAGUUAGGUGCAGAGGUUCGGCAAAAACUCUUGAGUAGCACUAAAUAUGGUGUGUCAGAGAUUCCUCCCUUUCACGCCAAGCCUCACAGACCAGAGUUUCUUCUUGCACCAGGACAAGAAGAGGAUAUGGACUGUUCAGAUGGGCCAGUGGCCCAGGAGGAAAAUGGGCUUUGCCCUGUUGAGAAUGCAUGUGCAGAUCCAGCAUGUGAUCAGCCAUUAGUGCUGGCCCAGUCUGGGCCACUAUCUUACAAAAAGCUCCCAGUUGAGAAUUCAGUGAACUCUGAGGGACAUUGCUCCCCACAAGUGUUUGCAGGUUGUCUCCCUUCUGAAGAGAUGGAGGUAGAAGAUGAUCUACUGAAAAUUACUCUGUUAGAGUCUACAAAGCCUUUGUUCAGUGUUAGUCCUCCCACUGAGCUGAAGAAAGAGGCAUGGCCCUUCAGGGAGCAGGAUGGGGACAGUCCUGCUGUGUUGUCUCAGACCUCCUCCAGCACCUCAGCAAGUGGCAGCACAAAGUCAACUUGUGACAUAUGAAGAGAGGGCUCAAACUGAAUGUGGCCUUGAGGGAACAGUUGUUCCAGCUGAUUAAACUCGGUUUUCUGCAGUGCUGGGCUUCACAUUCGGAAGAGACUCAACAGAUGGUGGAAGCUGGCUGUCAGACAGAUAGCUGCAGACAGUGUCUGAAGAGACUGAUUAUUUUAUAAAACUUUUUUUCAAAUUGUUCUUAUUCCCUUUCCUGAUUUGCAUUAGGAGGGGGAACUACUCCAGCCAGAAUGGCCAUGUCCUUCCAAGAGACAGCAGCCAGAGCAGGCGCCAUGUAAACAGUUUGACCUGGAUUUCCAGCAUGGGGCAUUUUAAGGUCUUAAGCUCCAUGUAGAGUAGAAAGAAUGACACUUAGAUUUUUCCCUCUUCCUCUAACUGAACAGCUGCUCUAAGCCACUGCAGAUUUUUCAUUAACAUUCUGCAUCAAGUGCAUGUGAGUUGGAGCCUCAGUUUCAGAAACAAGCACAGAAGUCUUUCUGAGCUAUGUUGGACAGAUAGGAACGCUCUCUGGUUGCAGAGCUGCUUUGAAUGCUGUUGUAGCAUUAAACAAGCUCUUUUUUCAAAAGCAGCAAAAAUAAAACCCCUCAUGCUGGUCACAAUCUGCAGGCUGAGUCACAUGACAAGUACUUUGCAAUUAACAAGAAGAAUCCGUUCCCUGGUGUUUCAUUUUCCCUUGGGAUUUAGUAAUGAUGUUUAAUACAUUUGUGCAGGGAAGCUCACUUCCUUGUACAGUGCUUUAUGUACCUCAGCCCAAAUGUGCAGGAAGAUUUGCCCAGGGCACAGAGAAGCGUAUUCCAAGCAUUGCCAUUUCUGAGCUUCUGAAGAAACUGCUCCUGAAAGUUACCAGCUGUACUGAGCUUUUGGCAGGGGGUGGGCUCUUCUCUCUGAAGAGCUGAGUGGAGAUCAUGAUGUGUUUCUGCAGAAUAGUUAAAUACAGUAGCUACAUCACAAUUGACUAUUAUCACUAAGCUAGAAGGGUCCCAUUCACCUCCCUCUCUGGUACAACAUCCAAUCUCACUGAUUUCACUGUAUUAAUGAUGGCUCCUCACUAGCCUGCUUGACAGAGGGACAGGGAUCUUCUGCUCAGGCAGGUACCUGUGAAAUAAGCAGCAACACGAGCUUUAAUGCUGCUUGCUGGAACCAGAAUCAGCAAUCCCUGCUCUGGGAUGCAAUGUAUGAAAAAGCUUGUUCUCUGACAUUUGUGCAACAUCCUGCACUUUUCCACUAGGAUCAUCCCCAAAAACAUGGGAUUUUUAAAAUUUUAUUUUAUGGGGAUUUUUUAACCUGUAUUAUCAUUCCUAAGUGAGGUAAACAUUGCACACAUGCUGAGCAGAUGGUGAUGCAGCAGAGUCCAGAAUUUCAUCCACCUAGCUUGUUACACUCUUCCUGCUCUCUUGUAAGACUGGAUACUGUAAGCUAGUCUCUGAAAGCCAGAUUAUUUCUACUCUUCUCCUGUCUCAAAGAAAGGAUGGAGAAAGCCUUAGUUCUUUCUUGGCUGGGAUGUUUAUCUUUCCUGAGGUGUAAUUCUAUGAGUUACAGCUAUGACUUCCUCUGGUGAAGUGUGUGUUAACCUGAGCAGCAGUUCUCCCUUUGCAGUGGCUGCCAUGAACGAAAUGAGAAAUCCAGUGUUGCGGAGUUAUUUAAUACAGUCCAUGCCAGAUUAGACAGCUGUUGGCAGUUGGAAGGAGAAAAUGCCUGUGCUCACUAAGAUCACACCUUUUGGUCCAUACCUGUCUGCUGCGUGCAGAGCAGCUUGUAUGGCUGCCACUGUGAGGGUGUAACUUCCUUUGAGGACAGAGAAACACCAGAACUCAGUUGCCUGCCUGGUGCCUGCUUGCUUCUUUUGUUUUGUUUUUUUUUUUUUAAUCUUUGCUACAAUUGUAUCUUCUGAGAGGAAAACCAUCAGCACCAGCUUCUGUUGUCACAAGAUGCAUUUAGGUGUGUGACUUCAGACAAAAAAGCAAUAAUUAGUGGUUUACUUUUGGAUCACCAGGCCGAGGGAAGCUGUCCAGCAGCCUGAUCAGAGCACACGCACACCUCUGGCUGCUCUGGGGCCCCCGUGAACGAACCCUGGCCGUCAGUACUGACACCUCAUCAUGAAGCCUGUUGCCCUCUCUGACACUGCAAAGCUUGAGCAGUCAGGCUUGGGGUACCCCUGGGGCAUCCACUGCAGUGAUCUCACUGUUCUUACACUGCUGUCUUUACACUUCCGUGCCCUGAACAGCUCUUGCAAAGCAGCACAGCUAAAAUUUUAUUUUCUUAACUGUCCGCUCUAAGCACAACCAAUUGACAUGCAUUGGGCACAACUAUCAACUCUUCUGGCUCUUUGCACUGAGGUGGAGAUGUCAGAAAUGCCAAGGACUAGCAGCUCAGGCCUUUCCUGGAUUGGUCUGCAUGGGAAGAGGCAUGUGUAUGAAACUGGAGUAAAAGGUCGUUUUAAAAAUUGCAAAGUGCUUGCUGAAACCCAGUGUUUCCAAGGAUGCAGCUGGAAGUCACUACAUCUCAUCCCUUUGGCUGCAUAAAGCUGAAUCUAGGCUGCACCUAGUAACUCCUAGGUUUUGUGCCUACUGAGGUUGCUUUUCUACAGAGGGCCAUUUCCUGACAGCUACUGAGAAACAUGAAUUUGAACAUGUGGUCAGCAAACUCCUUGUUUUAUAGUGAUGUGACAAAGUUUUAUCGUGAUUGGAUUUUACCGUGAUUUUGACUUUACAGGAGCAGUUCUUGCUCUUUUAAAGUACUUUCUACACAUUGCUACGCAUCUCCCUGAAGAGAUCAAAGAUGUUUUUAAUUCACUUUAAAUCUAUAUUGAGUUCAUUUAAAUGUCUGUUAUAAGCUAUUUUUGUUGUGGUUGCAGGUUGAUAAAAUGCAGCCAAGAGAGUGCAUGUGAAUUGCUGCCCCUCAAAAGCAGCACAGCCAAGGGGCUGUAGCAGACUUGUACUUGGAGAGGCAUUGAUGUAUUAUAUGUAACAGAACAUUGGUAUUUUUUGCCAGUACAACUAAAGACACUUGAAUAAUUCCUGUUUGCACUUAAUGCUGUUGUUUAUAUUGCAUGUCACUACAUUUCUAUGCAAAACAAAUUACCUUUUUCUUUGGGAGGAGGGGCAGCCAGAUAUUUGAUUAAGUAUAAAGAUCUUUGCGAGAUGAUCUAUUUUCGUAUUUAUGAAGGAGUUUUACGUCUUAAUAUUUUGCAGUCUGUAAAUAGCUGAACUUGUAAUUAAAGCCUUAGGAAGAAGUUUGUAGCUUGUGUAUAAUAGUAAGUUAACACUGCCAGAAAAAAAAUCUUUGCGAAACAACUUUUCUAAUAUUGCGGAUAUUUAUGAAUAUGUAAAGAAAGCACGUCUUGUUUUUAUGUUGAUUGACCUUCUGACUUUUUUGAACUAUAGAAAUGGUGUAUGUUUUAUUGGAACUGCAAUAAGAAGUAACCAAAGAUGAAUCCACUUAAAUAUUUUCAUAAUUUUUUUCUUGGUCAGGUUUUGUAAACUUUCCCAACUUGCUUUCAAAAUAAAAAUGAAAUCAAGGCCUGAGUCUUGUGAUUAAGAGGACAACUGCUUUAAGUUAAAAAAGCUGGCUCGAAUGCUUACUUAAAAUACAAAUGUCAUUAAUACCUGGCUUGAGAUUGUACUUGCUGUUACUCAGUGCUGAGUUAUACCCAAGGAAAACUGUCAUCCUCAGUAAGUGUUAUUUCUCUCCUGCAUCUCACUGAAGAGUUCCACUCUUAAAUCCAUGAGACUCAA